AUGAGCCCGCCGCACAUCCACCACCCAUUCGCCUCGGCGGAGACCAGAGCCAAUGAAGCCAAUGAACUAUCUGGGCCGGACGGCCCGUUGUGCUUCAGCUUCGGGACGAGACUCGCCGCGCCAUUCGGAACGGUGACAGAAGCCUUCUACCACCACGCAAGAAAGCACCCGGAGGCUAUCGCCGCGAAGGAUCUCUCCGCAGGGUCCGCAGGAUCUGCGAGGGAGAUCGACUACGCAUCGCUCGCCCGCAGGAGCCGCCGCUUGGCCGCCCAGCUGCAAGAACUGGGGGUCCAACCGGGCGACCGCAUCCCGCUAGUCGUCAAGCGGAGCAUCGAGAUGCUGGUCGGGCUUAUGGCCAUCCUUUCCUGUGGCGCCCAGUACGUGCCCCUCGAUGCGGGGGUUGUGCCGGACUCGGCUCUCCGCUUUGUGCUGCAGCAGAGUCAGCGGACCCAAGGCCGGGGCCGGGGGCCGGUUGCGCUUUGUCUCACCUCGACUCAAUACCGGCUUCUCAAGGUCAGCGAGGACUGCAAGACGGUUGUCAUUCCUGCCCUGGACGACAGGGAUACAGAUGGUGAAGUGCUUGAGAAGGACGAUGCCGACUUUCAAGACAUGGCGACCCCUGACGGGGGUUGCUAUGUUAUCUACACGUCCGGUACUACCGGAACUCCAAAAGGUGUCGACGUCAUUCACCGGAAUGUGACCAACAUCGUCUGCCUUGCUCCUGGGCAGCUGGGCAUCAAGCCUAAAAUGCGCGUCGGACAGGUUUUGAACAUUGGCUUCGACAUGGCGGCGUGGGAAAUGCUGGGUGCCCUUUGCAAUGGCGGCACGUUGGUCAUAAGGGGCUCUGACUGGCUCACAACACUCCGUGAAAUCGAUGUGUUGAUCUGCACGCCGAGCAUUCUAUCACAAUACAACCCAGUGUCCCUUCCAAACCUCAAAGUCGUGGCAACGGCUGGAGAACCAAGCAGCCAAAGGCUGGCGGAUCUUUGGGCGGCCCAUGGUAUUUACUACAACUGUUGUGGCCCGACCGAAACGACGAUUGUGAACACUAUGCAUGAGCAUAUCCAGGGGGUUCCUCUGUCGGUCGGCGCCCCGACUCCGAACAACUCUGUUUAUAUUCUCGAUGAGAAUCUUGAGCCCGUUGCGCUUGGCGAAGUCGGCGUCAUGUGGGCAGGUGGUUUGGGCGUGUCCAAGGGCUAUGUCGGGAUGCCGGAGAAGACAAGCGAGAGGUACCUGCCGGACAAGUUUACCAACGACGGCAUGAUGUACAAUACCGGCGACCUGGGCCGAUGGAAUCCUAACGGAGCUAUUGACAUCCUCGGAAGAGCGGAUGAUCAGAUCAAGAUCAAGGGCUUCCGAGUUGAACUGGAUGGUGUAUCUGCCUCGCUUGGAUCUGCCCCCGGAGUAAAACGCGCGGUUGCCCUACUAAUAGGGCGAGAAAUCCAUGGCUUCGUUACCCCGAGGACCUGCGACCUUGACGCGUUGGUACAGCAUAUGGCCCAACAACAGCCGUACUACGCAGCGCCCACUCAGUUCCACCUCUUGGAUGAACUCCCUCACACGGCGAACGGAAAGGUGGACAGGAAAGCCCUCCGAGAGCAUGCGGCCGCCAAACAGCCCAGCCCAUCCUCCUCAAAUAACAACCUCGCCGAAACGAGGUCCGCGACGGGGCCAGAGUCGUCGUCUGGGUCUACCCACUCAAGCGAGAAGCACUCAAACGAAAAGCCCGACUUGUCUCGGCCUCUGCCGGACAAGACGUGGCCAAAGCCCAUCCGCAACCUGGUGUACCGCGUGUUCAUCGUUUACCGGUUCCUUUUCUCAGUAGUAGGCAUCGCCAACGCGGCCGCGCUAAUCACCGUGCUCGUCACCGACGCCCCCAAAGAGUGGCUCGCAACCAUCACAGCCAUCAACCUCGCCGUUGCCGUGCUCAUCCGCCAGGACUUAGUCAUCAACGCCCUGUACACCAUCUGCUGCUCCGUGCCCAAGUCCUGGCCCCUACUCAUCCGAGCUAGCUGCGCCAAGAUCUACCACCUCGGCGGCGUGCACUCGGGCGCUGCCUUCUGCGCCGGCGCCUGGCUGCUCGCAUCCAACCUAACCAACGCGGCUUGCUCGGUAAUGAUCUCUUGCUCCCCGGGCUCCCCCGGGGCACCGAAACAGCAGUCCACCGCCUCGACGGUCCUCUCCUGGAUCCUCACGGCACUCUUCUGCGUCAUGUUCACACUCGCAUGGCCCCCCCUCCGCAAGCGCCGCCACAACCUCUUCGAGCGCACCCACCGCUUCGUCGGCUGGACCAUGCUGGGUCUAUUCUGGGCGCAGACGGUCGUGUUGGCCAACGACACCAAACCCGCGGGCACCACCCUCGGCGAUGCCUGCCUGCGCUCGGCACCGCUGUGGUUACUGACCGCCGCGACAUGCAGCAUCGCCCUGCCCUGGCUGUUCCUCCGCAAGGUCCCCGUCGACGCCGAGGUGCUCUCGGACCACGCCGUGCGCCUGCACUUUGACUAUACUGUCCCCGUCAACGGCUCCUUCACCCGCAUCUCCACGCGGCCGCUUCUCGAGUGGCACUCGUUCGCGACAGUCCCAGCCCCCGAGGCCGUCGCCGGCCGGCCCGCGGGUUACUCGCUGGUGGUGUCUAACGGGGGCGACUGGACGGGGGCGUUGAUCCGCAGUCCGCCAACGGCGUUGUGGGUGCGCGGCCUACCGGCAUGCGGCGUGAUGCGCAUCGCGACGCUGUUCCGCCGGGUCGUCGUCGUGGCCACGGGAUCGGGCAUAGGCCCCUGCCUCGGCCACCUGCAGGCGCCGAGCUGCCCAACCCAGCUGAUCUGGUCCACACCCAAUCCGGAGAAGACGUUUGGCCAGGGUAUGAUUGAUGCGAUUAGGGCCAAGAUCCCUGAUGCUGUUAUUCAUGAUACCCGCCGUCUGGGCAGGCCAGACCUGGUUGCGAUGGCUUAUAAUUUGGCCACUUCGUUUGGUGCCGAGGCGGUUAUUAUUAUUGCGAAUGAGAAGAUUACUAAGAAGGUGGUGUAUGGUCUUGAGACGAGAGGAAUGUAUGCGUAUGGCGCCAUUUGGGACAGCUGA